GUAGAGGGCGUCAACACUUUGCAGCAGUGAGCAGCAUAAUAAGCCGUGCGACGAUUGUUUAUCAAAAUAUGACAUCCUGAAACACAUUUUUUAGACGAUUUGGUAAAUCAUGGAGAAUCCGCCGUCAUAUGAUGAGAUCUGCAGGACAGAGCGUGAUAGCCGAGCCCAACAAGUGACCCUCACCCUAGUCUUGCCAUCAGAGUCGGAAGAGCAGAACCAAGAUAAUGACCAAAGUAAGGGCAAUGAGAAUACUGUCAUUGAGCCCCCGCCCUAUGAAGUGCCCUCCGAGCCACCCCCAAAGUACACAGAGAAUGAGAGUGAAUCAAAGGUCAACGACCAAGGUCUACUUACGGAUCGGGCAGCUGAUUCAAAUUCCAAACUUGGUGCUGACAUGAUCUUCACACUGUCAUUUAUCAUCGCGUUCAUCUUCAACUGGAUUGGAUUCAUAUUCGCUUAUUGCCUUAGCAUGAGUAUGGCAGGCCGAUUUGGCGCCCUCUCUGGCUUCGGGGCAUCCAUGGUCAAGUGGUCCAUCAUUGCAAUGAAUUCCCAGUGUUGUUCAGAAUAUUUGAAAAGUGCAGCUUGCCUUCUUGUUGCCCUGAUAUUGUGUGGAUUCUUGAUAUUUGUGAGAGGUAUCUACCUACAUAUCAAGUACAAAAAUCAGAAUCCAAACGGAGAGAAUGGAAACAAGCCCAUGUAUAUUGUCUACCAUCGGAUGUGAACUCAACUACCGCAAUCAACGUGCAUCUGAUCCAUAAUAUCUCAUUGAACGAAGUCACACUUGGCCUUGAAGCAACUCAGCAUCAUGAAAAUAUUAUAAUUCCCAUGAAGGUCUGUUCGGGUAUGAGGUGGCGAACUGCUAUGCAGGAUUUUCUUACACGAUUAAAAGUGGUUUCAAGACCACAGCCGUCCACUGACAAAAGAAGCAACUCUGUGAAAUGAGUUUCUUAAUGAAUGAGGGGAAUGUAUCAUUUUUUUAAUGUGAAAAUGCAUAGAGUUACUUACUUUUGAAUUAUCUAUGUUUCAGAAAUUGUGGACCUUGUGACUCUGAUUCCUUAGCAGCAUGUAGAGCAUACAGAAAAUAUCCCAAAUCAAGAACAAGUCAUUUUUGAAAAAAGAAAAGAAAGAGUUUCCUGCUUCCUUUCGUCAGUGGAUGACCGUACAGCUCAUCGUUCUCACAGCUCUAUGUUAAAAGGUACAAAAGUCCUAAAUAGUAUAUGAUUCUUCUACUACAUCACUCCUGCUGCAGUUCAACACCUUACAUCUGAAUGAGGCCUUCAUCUCUCUGUAAAAAAAAAAAAUCCUUUAUAUGUUGCAUGCAUGUUUAAGAUGUGUAUGUAUGACUUGUUCGUGUAAGAAUUUAUAUAUCUAUAAACCUUUAGAGAAGUUUAAUAUGUGUAUGUUAUUCAUUUUGUUGUCACUGAAUUGAUAUUUUUGUUGCUGAAUGUGGACAUGGGCGGAUCCUGGGUUUACGGGUGGGGGGGGGGGGGGGAAAGCAGAACAAAAAAUAAGCAUUGUCACCGGUCACCAACAAUAUCCGAAGGACUUAGGAACUUUUUCUAUAAAAAAAUUAUUGAUAAGAAAAAAGGGAGGGGGCACCAUCCCCCUCCCCCCCCCCACCUGGAUCCGUGCCUGAAGCUAGAUAUAAUAUAAUGAUUCUAUAGUAAUGUGAUACCUUUAAUAGAGCCACUAGGGUCUUGUUUCAUAAAGACGUAUGACUUUUGGUAAAUUUUAUGUUAUGAUAACUUCCUGGAAUCAUGAUUGAUUUUGAUUGGCUGUUAAGCCCUGUAACCAUGGUAGUUACUGUAAUGGGAAGUUACAAUAUUCAUGUAUUCUUUUCGAAACAGGCCAUAGGUCACAGUAUUAAAAUGCAUUGUAAUAUUUUGAGCUUAAUUCAUGUGAUUUUGUUUGUUUUAUGUUUAUUGGAUGCACACAUUUAUUUUACAGUUGAUAAUGAUAUAGUUAAAUGAGUGAUAAACUGCCCCAUCCCCAUAACAUAGUAAAAUGGUAUAGAAAUUACUUGUGAUAUUUAGUUGUUGAUUUUGAUUUGUUACGGGAGAAUCAAUUUCCUCAGAGAUAGGAGGAUACAGAGAUCCUCAAAUUGGCAAUCUGUAAAGAUGCUGCUUGUCUAUUUGUGACUACGACGUAUCUUGUGUCAAAUAUUAUCUCUAGCCAUGGAGAUGAGAUAUGAUGAAAUUGAGACAUUUUGUGUUAAAAAACUUGUCAUUUUCAAUCAACAUUGCCAAUUUAAAGAUCAAGGUAGAAAUCAAAUUGAAACUUUCAUAACUUUAUUAUUUAACAAAUUUUGAGGGAACUUUGUUGAAAUUGCUUCUUAUUAUCCUUUCUUUUCUUUUUAUUGAAAUUCAUUUUCCCCUGAGUUUCAUUUAUUUACCUAGUAAAAGUAGAGGAUGUCUGGUGUAUUUAAGGUGUAUAGAUGAUGCUAUCCAUUGAAAACUAAAAGUAUGAUUGUGAAGCAAAUUACAUAUCAUGUGACACCUAGAUAGAUCCUUGUCAUUUGAUUGGUUGUUUGAUAUCGAUCAUUCAGCCCAUUUUACAAAGAUGUCAUUAACCAUGCAAUUUUGUAUCCAUACGAUUUUGUUCAUUGCACACGCCCGAGACUGCAGGCACCACAAGUAAAACCAUUUGUGUUUACAUCGCGCAUGUUGUAUUUACGCGACAGACAAUCAUUGGACCGAGCUCGCACUGCAAGACCAUAUUUUGCAUUGAAAUUCAUAAAUUUCAUAUAAUAAAAGAAUCUAUUUUUAGGUGUCAUAUAAACCAAAUAAUGAAUGUUUUUUUCAUUUGUGCAAUGGACAGAAUACUUCAUUCGGUGAAAAAUGAAAUGAUCCAUAUGACUCAUUGAAUGGAUCAUUUCAUAUUUCACCUUGUGAAGUAUUUGUCCAUUGCACUCAUAAACAUUCAUUAUUUGUAUACUGUAUCAUAUUCAUGGGCAUAUUGUAUAUAUACAUACCAAUACCAUGCACAGCUGUUCUAUUAGGUUCUGUCUGUCAGUUUUACUGGUAGGUUAUAAUAAUAAAAGGUGUUGUUACUUCAGUAUAUAUUUUUGUGAAAAUGUUUACGGUAUCCUUAUAUUCAACUACUGUGUAACGUGUACGGUUCGUUACCCAGAGCUAUUUGACUAAACUCAAUUCAACCGAAAUGAAAUUCAUUCAAUUUCAAUUACCAAAUCAUUACGGAUUUUCCACAAUUGGAGACCGUUGCAAGUCAUUCUAUUCCUAUUUAAACACCUUUUUUUUGCAGGGAUGAAAUUAUUCUUUAAUCAAAUAUGACCUACCACCCCAAAACCACCAAUAAGUCACCAGGUAAGGUUCUCUGUAAAUAGUCAAAAAAGUAAUUUAGUCUCCAAGAACCAAAAAUGAAAAAAAUAGCUCAUCUGAAAGAACAAUUCUUCUUCUUCAUACUGUGAAAAUUUGGAGUUGUGAAGUUGAAUAAAAGAAAAGAUACAAGAGUUUCUUGGACACUACUUAUUCGGACUGCUUGGAAGUUUCACUGAGAUUACACAGUAUGCACGUCUCAUGCUUGAGUGAACCCCAACCUUCAAACCUUGUUUUCUCCUUAUUUUUUAAGCUCUUGCUAAAUUUCCUCUGCAUUCAAUCAAGUACUUGUAAUGGUUAUUGUUGGUCAAUUUCAACAUAUUAUAUAUCGUUUUAAAGCUUAUGAAAUGAAUUUUCAAGCUCAAUAUUCAUUUAGUUCGACUUAUUGUUGGUUUUGGGGUGGCAGGUCACAAGUAUUCACAAAAAUAUUUAAAAAAAAUUCUUCUCUUGUUGUUGGGAAAGUUUGAUGUCAUUUGGAGCCUGAAUAUUUUAUUUAUUUUUCUCAUACAAAGCCAAGGUAAACAAACUUAACCAUACAUUUGCACGUUACUUAUUGAUAUAGUUGGUAUGUCACGUUCCAUGUCGCCCUGUUGGUAAUUUUUUUUUCUUUGACAGUGAUGAGAAGGAUAUUAAAUCUUUGGUAAUUGGUGCUAUAUAUUCCAGGAAUGUGUUCCAUUUAGUCUUAAUAUUCAUAUUAUAAUUCAACAUAUUUUUAUACAAAUUAACUAAUUUUCCCUUUUUCAAAUGUUAGUUUCAGUGAUGACGUCAAUUGCAUGGAGAUUUGUUGAAAAUCCAAUUAAUUCCAGCACUGGAUGACAAAAAUAAUUAUUUGACUAUUUUGAUAGAUUUACCAAGGAUGUUUUAAGUGCACACAAUGUUCUUGAAGCAGACAUGUAUACCGAAUUUUACCCACGUGAGAAAUUUGUGGUUCUUGAUGCUUAUUUCAGUGUCUUUAAAACCUGCGUCGGGGAACUCUCUCUGUAGUAAAAAAAAAAAACUCCUGUGUACACUGUUGUAUGAAUUCAGAGCAGGGCCCUGUAUUAAGCCCGUCUCACACUAUGUGAUUUGUUGCGAUCGGAAUUUCAAAUUAAUUGUGAUAACAUUUGAUAUGGAUAUUCCAACUAAUAAAAUAUUACGGAUCAGUGUUCAGAAUAGUGAGUUCAGACUACUGAUAUCGAAAUUCAGUCCAGUUAGAGCCUAUCUGACUGAAUAAAAACAAAUCGUAAUGACGUCAUCAUCGGCUGCGACUUGAAGCCCAUUUGACUCCGAUCAUAGGGCUUGCCGCAAAGUAAAAAUAUGAUUUUAGUUUUCCUAACGAUAUGCCAAACUUUAAAUAAAAUAAUUUGCUUCAUGGAACUUUCAUAUUUAAUGCAAAAUGUGAUUUCUUGAAAACUAGCGUCGCACCGGAUCGCAUAGUGUGAGACAGGCUUUACAAAGAGUUGCGAUAGAUUAAAAUCAAACUUGAAUUAAGAUUGAUCUCAAUUUCUGUCUCCCUAAGACUUGAUUUGCUUCAAAUCUAUUGCAAUUAUUUGUGAUACAAGCCCCAGGCCUAUUAAUGUAUUUGAGGCACACUUACAACAGUAUAAUGUCACAAUAUAGUACUCUAUAAUCAUGUAUUGUAAUCAAUUUAUAACUGAGUUCUGUUAUUACAGAGAAGUUACAUUAUGCCAUCCCUUCAGAUGUUAUUCUGAUUCAACAGUUCAAAUGAACUCUUUUUAUAACUUUAAGAGGUGAUGGUCCACAGACAGACAUUUUCUUUAAUAUUUUUUUUCAGGGCAACUGAACUGUAGUAAAAUUGUGUGGGUUUAUUUUUUACUCUUCUCUCAUUUUUAGUGGGUUGGUUUAUGAGCAAGUUUCAUUAAUAUUGUGAACAUGGACUUGUCAUAUAAUUUCUUAUGCUUUAAUAUUUGAACUAUUCUUCAUUCAGUAGUAUCGGUUUUAAAUCUGUGAAAUUUGUUUCAUUUUAUGCUCUGGAAAGAGACAAAGGACAAAGUUUUAUCAUGCACUCAUAAUAAAUUCUAUUAAAUAAAACCUGUACAGAAGAA